CGUAGUGUUUUAAUUUUGGAUGGCGUAGUCAGAUGGGGGUCAGGAUUGACAUAUCAAAAAAUUGUUAUGCUACACCCACUAGAAGUACGUUAGGUACGAAACUACACGAGACCCGCACACUAGACUCCCAUGCCCGACAUGGAAUGAUAACCGGACGAGAGGCCGUGGUUCGCUAUAUGGUUGAGCCAUCCUAUCGUUUUUCCCCUCCCCCGGGAUAAAUAUGUAAAUCCUAUUCUAGAAAUUAUGUCUGCAUGUGGUACUAAGCUACACCAGACCCCAAAAAACAACAGCCUGGACACUCUGACACUGACGAACUAAAUAUUCUUUUGUAUUAGCUUACUUCAUUCAGUUAUACUACAGGCCACAGGGCAGCAGGGUGCCAUGUCUUCCUCUGUUAAAGCUGUGAGAGCAUAUAUAUCAAUUGAUUUAGACAACUAUGUUGAGGGUUCAAUGCAAAUUUUACAACUCAUAAGACCAGAAUGGAAGAGAGAAAAUAUAAAAAUCAAAGUAUUUAAUGAUGGCAUCAGCAACAAAAUGCUUGGAUUCAUACAUGACACAAAUGUCAUUCUUAUACGAAUAAAUGGAAACAUGACUGAUAUGUUUACUGACAGGCAGUCUGAAAUAGAGAAUUUUGAAAUAUUGCAUGGUGCUGGUUGUGGACCAAUGCUGCAUUGUAUAUUUGACAAUGGUCUUUGCUAUGAUUUCAUAGAGGGUGAUACCUUAUCGAGAGAGGAUUUAAGAAAGCCUGAAAUAUAUAAUUUAAUUACAAGAGAAAUGGUCAGGUUUCAUAAGAUACAAUUAAAGGAUAGUAGCAGCAACCAAUCUCCUGCUGUUUUCAAGCUUUGUGACAAAUUUUUGCACCUAGCAUUUUCAGAUGGAGCUCCACCUGGCAAAGAAUUGGUUGGAUAUAAUGGGCCCAAAGAAACUGAAUUGCGUAAAGAAUUUUCAACUUUAAGAGAGCAUUUGUUUGAGCUCAAAUCUCCAAUUGUGUAUUGUCAUAAUGAUCUUCUUGUUAAUAAUAUAGUAUUCAACAAUCUGAAAAAUAGUCUACAUUUUAUUGAUUUUGAAUAUACUGGGAAGAAUUUUCAAGCGUUUGAUAUAGCAAAUCAUUUUUGUGAGUUUGCUGGUGUUGAUAAUAUGGAUUAUUCCUUCUAUCCUGAUCGACAUUUACAACUUGACUGGAUUAGAACUUACCUGAAACAUUGGAAUAAUUCAGAUAUUGAGGUAACUGAUGAAGAUGUAGAAAAAUUGUAUGUUCAGGUUAAUAAAUUUGCUCUCGCAGCGCUUUUUAUAUGGGCUACGUGGGGAUUGGUGCAAGCCAGGUAUUCUAAUAUAGAUUUUGAUUACAUUAAUUAUACUGAAACAAGAUUCAGGGAAUACUUCAAGAAGAAAAAAACAUUAUUGCUUUAAAAUGAUAUGACCUAUCUCAUUUAAUCAUUACAAUUUUGGAGCUUUUUGUACCAAUAAAAUGCAAUCCAUGUGUUUACAUUAGCUAUGCUCCAAUGUCUUGCCUUGUGUGAUUCUUUACCAUGUAAUUGAAUCGCAAUGGAAUGUUAUGCUGAACCCAUUGCAUUUGUGGGAUAUAAAGGUUUAAUUAUGCCUCUGGUCUAGCUGAUCAAGCUUAUACAUUCUUAAUGGUUAAUGCUUUGUAUUCUGUUUUUAGUAUGGUAUACACACUAUACAGUAUACACUAUACAAAUUAUACACUACACUAAAUGAUCUAUGCCACAGCCCACAGUGUUUAGUCUUAUGGUAUUUUUUACCAUAGAAUUCAUUCACAAAGAUAUAUUAUCCUAAACCAAGCAUUUGUGAAAUUUACUUAAACUGAGUUCUGGAUUUUGAAUCUUGAAAUCUAAUAUCAUUUUCAUGGCGUAGUUCGAUUUUUUAUGUUAUUCUUAUUCAUUUGACUCGUACAGUCAUACGCUGAAGUUCUUUCCAUCAUUUUUUAUGCAGAACUCUGCAUAAAACAUGCAGUUUUUAGUACAUUCGCGUUGAUUGGGACCUAUGGAUCGUUUCAAAAUAAGGUUGUUGUUCUUUGACCUGUUAUGAAAAAGUCGCUUUUCUCUUUGAUUACUGGACCAAUUGCUUUGGAAUUUUCAGUGGUUAUAGAUUUAUUUUUUUGCCAGAAGUCUUUUUAUUUUAUUUUUUAUCAUUGGACACGAAGUGGACCUAUGUAUCGUUUCCUUUCUUUUUGGACACCUAGUGGAAAACCUAAAAAGUCGUUUUUAUGCUAGCACUCUUCUUCUUGUUCUUUUGAUCACAUGGUCAUCGAACGUCUGUGGUCUGUAACAAAAUUCCUGUUUUUUUCAACGGGGAAUGGCAUAUACAGGCACAGCUCAUAGGUACCGGUAGCGUCAAAGGUAAGGACUGAUUAACGUGUCCAUAUAUUGGGGCAUUGCUCUCUUGUUUUUUAUAUUGUCUCCAGUCAGCAUAUAUUCGAAAAAAGUUAUUCAUUGAUGUUUAUUGGCUGUUAUAAUUUACUAUGCGUAAAACAUAUCAUGGGAUGGAAUGCUAACCAAAUUUGAUUUGAUUCUGAUGAUGAAAUUUGAAAAAAUGAUCUGGUAAACCUCAACCUGCUGCCUGGUUUAAAAUUGUUUAUAUCAGUACAACAUAAAUUGAGUACAUCAACAUGGUCAGUGGAGUAAAGUAAACUGUAAGGCACCGGUGAUUAUGUGGAAUGCUCAUUGCUUACUGCAUAAUAUUGAUCUCCUCCAUGGAACUCUUACUUUAUAUGGUCAGUGGCGUAGCUGCUUGUAUUCCUUAAUGCCUCAUGCCCAUUUUGUGCAAUCCUGAUUGGGUAUUAGCUUUGCUGCCAUUCAUUACAUUUUUAUUAAUUUGCUUAUGGUUUAUAUUGACCUUUGACUUUUAAGAUUUUGCAAUUUCUAUCCCACUGUCCAAUUUAACUCUGCCUCAUUUUUUCCAAAUCUCUGUAAUUUCAUAUAAUUUCAGAAUCUGUAUUUUUGAAAGUGCUUUUCUGUCAAUUUGUUUUGUGAAUUUAUAUUAAAAAUUCCAUUUGUUGCUAUCAUAUUUUCCUGAGAAAAUGUUGUUAUGCCAUGAUGGUACUAUGAUUAUAUAUUUUACUAUUAACCUCAUUUUGCUUUUGAAUAUAAGUUCUCCAGGAUCGCAGGAAAUAACACAAAGUAUAGUGAGUCUUGGGCUGAUUUUGUGCCCAAAAGGUCAUAUCGUGUUUCCAAUGAAAGUAGCCAAAGUGGAGGCCCUGAGGCGUGCUGUGUUAAAAAAAACUUUACCUCAGUCGGUCUGAAAUUUUAUAUGAUAUUGAAUCCCCCUAAAAUAAGGCAAUUUCCAGUGGUUCUCGGCCCUUUUUAGUUUGCGGACCGGUAAAAUUUUUAAAACUAAUUUUCCGGACAGGCGAACCUUCAAAAUCAACCCGAAAUAUCUAAAAUACAAUCAAGCGAUUGAAAUUACGACAUUAGUAUGCAAUUCAAAAGCAGACAAUCCAAUGAGAAAUUUGCUGCUUCCUUUUUUAUAUCAUACGUGUUAAUUAAACGGAUGGAUAAGUUGUACAAAAAA